GCCGUUGCCACAGCGACCAUAGACUUACAGUUCCUCAACAACAGUGUUAGCUUCAUAAGCUAAUUUUGUAUUUAAAACGAGCUUUAUAUCGGGCGUGUAUUUCUAAUACCAAUUUAAAGUGGGCUUUCUUGUGACAAUGGAGGCUACCCCUCGUGUUUUAGGGCCAACAUCCAGGAUAAUUCCUCUUGCUUUAGCCAAAGGGACGGAAAAGCUGUGUGAACUUUGUCGAAGAAGAGCGUACCUGCAAUGCACCCAGUGUCAGGUCACCUUUUACUGUGAUGCAGAGCACCACCAGGCUGACUGGGUAGGGAUCCAUGAGAGAAUCUGUCAGUUGCUUGUUCCCAUUCGCACCCCGACACUCUUUAGUCUCCAGCGGGCUGGACAAAUUGAAAUACAGCUUAAGAAGGCGGAGCUGGCGGAGAUUUGCAGGUUGGUGGCUCAGAGCAAGCUGUCUGAGGGAAAACAUCAGGAGGCUCUGCCUGCUGCCCGGUUCUGCCUGCAGUGUUCCAUAGACGUCCAUGGCCCCGGGUCUGUCCAAUUGGUCCCUGCCAUCCUGCUGCUGGCUGAGGCUAACAUGGGUUUGGGUCAUCUACCCCUGGUGGCAGAGCUCCUGUCCCAGGCAGAGUGGGCAGUGUUGCAGAACCCAGAAUGUGGUCCCGCAGUCCACCACCGGCUGCACAGGAGCCUGGGCCGCCUUCACACAGAGACUGGAAACCUGGAAGCAGCUCUGUUUAACUUUGCUAAUGAUAUAUACUUUGCCAGUGAGGAGUAUGGUGUGGAUAGCACAGUCACCUGCAGUGGCUACUUUCUCAUGGCUGAUGUGUUUGCCAAACAGGGGAGGAUUCCUAUUGCUCAUUCCUUGUACUCUGAGGUGGCACGUAUUUGGCACUGCCAUCUGACCAGACUCCUCAAGAACCACCUCCAAAGUAUCCAAAGUCCUGACAUCUUGUUGGAGCCCUCUUAUGACACAGCCCAGCGAGUUGAGGUGGACAAGAUGUUAAACACCAUGUUGGAGUUUGUGCAAAAUGACUCCAAAAAAGACUUGGCUCAGAUUGCACUGGUGGCCCACUGCCUGGCCAUGCUGUGGUUCCUGGGGGGAGACUCCCUAAAGGCACUGGGAUUUGGCAGCACUGCCCUGCAGGCCAGCCAGCUGAUACCAAACCAUGACCUGACAGAGCCCAUCCAGAGCCUGCUGCAGCUGGUGCAGGGUCCGCACACAGAGUCACAUCCAGGUUCUGACUAGUCACCGUAGCUGCCCUGCUGAUCGCUCCGCUCUGGGAUCUGCUCCACCAGGACAUCAGGUUCAGCCCUACACUGAUUCACCCAUGUAAAUGUAGAAACCACUAAAUUGGUCACAGAUAAAACAAGUACAGAGGCUAUGAUGUCAUUUAUGGUUCAUCCAGAUGUUUUGAAUUAGUGUUAUAAGUGAAUAAUGAAAAACUAUUGUGGAGUUGAUCUUGAAACGCUUGACAAAAGUAAAAGGAGGAGGAGACACAUUUUCAUUGAUCUUGAAUAAUGACUCAUCUUUAUUUGAAUCUAAAAAAAAGAGGGAUAUAUAUUUACAUCAUUUUGCACAUUUGUGAAUUACAUGAUUUGGGAUCCUUUUCGUAACACUGUCAGAAUGAUACAGAACAGAAUAAAUGGUGAGGGCAUUUGCUAAAAACCUGCUUGUUUUUUUUACACAAUGUUUUUGCUUAUCUCGUACCUAUCAGUCCAGAACCUCAUCAUCAAUUCACCAUAAUAUAAUUCAAGACUUCUAAUGUCUAUAUAUCAUCAACGGAGCAUAAACAUUGCAUUUGUCUUCUGCAAAUCAAAGUAUAUUGUAAACCUUUAAGCAACCAUCAGGUUCGUUUUAAAAUACACUGACAUAAAAUGAACCCGAUAAUUGCUGUGAAAUCCUACAUAUUAUGUACAAUUCUGAAACAUUUAUUCAUUAUAUCAAAACAAAGAAUCACUUUUAAAAUCAUCUCACUACUAGUGUUUCUAGAACUGAAUUAUACAACAAAAUGUUUGUUUUUUUGGCAUUCAGAUUCAUUUUUAUGUGUCAAGAGGCAGCAAAGCAUGGAAACACUUGGGUUUCCGCAUAUUCCCUUUAUAAUUUUUGAGCCAAAUAUACAUUAGCAGCAGUUUGGAAUUAAAUAGUAACCUUGUGCUCUGUUGUGUUGUUGUACACAGUGACUAGUCCAGAGGUCCCUAUGUGUUUGUUCCAGGCUGGCCGAGCACCGCACAGGCCCGUGCACUUACAAUCGUUUCAUGAUUUACAUGCGUUUUUCUUCCUUCCCUGUGUCACUAGCAUGCGGUACCCGUUUCUUUCAGUAGCUUCCAUGCCUUGUGUCCACUUUAACAUGGCCACUGAUCUAUAAAUACCAAGCAGAAAGAAACCCACCUGACCCAGGAUCUUAACUCAGCUAUGAUCCUUAAAUCCCAGAGGAAACCAGACAGUGAGAAGGCAUUGUGAAAGUUGUUGGGGCACAGUAAAAUGAACCUGAAAUGGCUAGAUGUGCUCUGUGUGCAUAUGGAUGAUGUGUAAACUACAGAUUUAAAUAACAGGGCUGUAAAAAGAGAUAUGAACA